GAAGACAUCCUAAUUUUUAGCUUCGGCUAAGUGCCAUAUAUAACCAUAUAUAAGACCAUAUUGUGUAUCGGGAACAGAGAGUCCGGUUGAGCCACAUACAAACGUUGAAAACAGGGCACGAGAUAAGUGACAGAAGACUAACGACAAUAUGGGUAACUCAAGCAGUUCUGCGAUUACCACUGAUCUUCUGAUACGAGAAGUUCGAAGUGUUGGCUCAAGUUUAUCGGCCCGUGACACAAAACUUUUUAAUUGCGCAAAAUCUGGCAUCGCAAAGGAGUCAGGAAAGUGUACCGACUGUGAACUUUAUAUCGAUUUUAAGGACCAAGAUGGCAUUUUGAUAAAAACUAACAGUAAUCCAUCUGGCAAAAUAUAUGUCGGAUAUGACGGGAACACGCCGAUAUAUGAAUGGAAGAAUCGUGGCUUUUUGCAGGCAGCAAAGACAUUUUUCAUUAAUAGUUUCCAUGCCAUAUUAAAUGUAAUACCGGCAGUAGGACUGCGAGCCAUUGCAUUCAAGUGAGAAAAAUUAGUCUUCUCCAUGUUUACUAAAUGUGUAACGUUUACAAUCUUUAUAUACUGAAAUAAAUUUUAUUUUCAA